UUUUGUUAUAUCUCUCUCAAAAAAAAGAAACUCCUUCGUUUUCUAAAAAAACUUGUUUUUUCUUUUUUUUUUUACAUUUUAUUUUCUUCUUCUUCAAAAUCUUCUAAAAAUGGAACGUCAAAAAUCUCGCAUCAUUAGUGAACAAGUGUUUGGAAGUAGUCGUAAAAUUCAAUUCAUUGGACUUUGUGAUGAGGAUGUUAGACCGAUGAGUUCCUUAUUAGACGCUAUUGAUCAAGCACAUCCUCCCAUCCGUCCCGAUUAUAAAGAAACCAGCUCUACACAACAAACCAUGUCGAUUGAAUCUUUACUUGACUCUGAAUCCUCUACUUCAUCACAGUAUCAACAUCAUCGUCAAUCUCAGUCUGCCAGUACACACGAAGUCAGUAUCGCUUCUCUUUUAACUUCUGAUAACACUCAUAAAAGACGAUGGGAAGAAUCAAAUUCGAAUAAGCCUUCGAAACGAUCUUUGUCAAAUAAUGGAAAAUCAAUGAUCGACUCUAAUCAUACCAAGAAAUCAACCCCAGUAUCAUUAUCAUCAUCUGCUUCAGCUACUACUUCUUCAGCUGCUGCUCCCAACGGACAAGAUAACAGUACAGAAAGACACAAGACAAUCAUCACCUGUCUUCAUGCCUCUGUUGCACAAAAAUCCUAUGGUUCAGAAAAACGUUUUCUCUGUCCUCCUCCCAUCGUACACAUCAAAUCACCCUUCAAUUCUUCUAUUACGCCUGAACAACGCGCUGAAAAGUUACAGCUCUCCAUGUCAGUUAUUUGUGAAAAUGGCGAUCGUAUUUUGGAACAGCGUAGUAUGUUGGAUGAGAAUCAAUCAGGCAGCUUUAAAUAUCUUCAUGUUACGGGUACUGCCAAAGCCAAACAGUUUAAUCUCAAGGUCGAUUUAUUACCCAAUAUUCAACAUCAUACCACUUCUCCACCUUCUUCUCCUAAUAAUAAUAAUAAUCAAGAAGAACCAGUGGAGGCUUUACCCUUGGCUACAUUUAUAUCCAAGCCAAUCUCCAUCAUUUCAAAACCUUCUAAAAAGACAGCAAAGACAAGAAAUAUUUCUACCUGUAUUUUAGCUAACUCACCCGUCUCUUUAUUCAAUCGUAUUAAUUCGCAAACAGUCCGUACCAAAUAUAUGACUUCCAGUAAUAAUAUGUUGUGUGCUAAAAAUACCACUUGGUCUCCAUUUGAUAUCAUCAUUGUCAACCAACCCAAAGCACCUCAACCUCAUAAAACACAUCGUCAACAAAUGACAACCACCAUCAGCGGUCGAUUCACAUCACGUAUCCAAUUAGCUCAUCCACCUCCACCACCCACUCAACCUUCCCCUAGUCCUCCCCAUGCUGUCAGUUCAAAGACACCUGUCCAUGUGACUUAUGGCACCGAAAUCAUCUUGCGAGAUUCUCAAACUGGUGUAUCAUCGCCCUCAUUAAUUAUUCGUAAAGUGGAUAAAGGUCGUAUUGCGCAAUGUGCGUAUGGUCCUGUGAGUCAGAUGCAAAAGAUUGCUUUACAAUUAGCUUCAACAAUUGAUUCGCAACCGAUUUAUCUCUCAGCAGCAGGCUCACUGACAGAUAACGCAGUACAUAGUAAUAACGAAACAAGUUCCACAAGCAGUAAUACAUGGCUUGAUUAUUCUCCCUCCAGACUGGUUCAACCCGAGAAAAUGACAUUGGAACUAAGUUAUGAAGAAGUAGAUGAUUAUCUCUGUUGGACGAUUGUGGGUAUUGCUAAAUUUGAAUACGACUAUUAUGAAAAUCAAAAUUUAGAGGAGAAUGGAGAGAUUACAGAAGUAGCUGAAUUCAAAGCGCCCUCUAUUGUGGAAGAUGUGACACCACCUCCUUCACCACCCAGACAUAUUACACCGUUUCCCAUCUUGAGUCAUAUUGAAUACAAGACAGAAGAACAUAGACUGGAUGUGAUUGGACAGCAUUUGAUUCAGGCAGCACCUGUGCCUAGAUUGUUGGACCUUUGGUUAGGUACGCAUGGACCGUUAGUGACUCGUAUAUCGCAACCACCUCAACCACAUACACCUCAUCAGACGCAUUGGUCAGUACAAUUGCCUCCAACACAGGAUCUGAUUGUAGCCAAUCAUGAUUUAUUGGUGACACAAGCGGAUGGUAGAAGAACGUUAGAAUUAGCCUUGUUGUUAGUGAGACAAGAUGGUUUGGUCUAUCAUACAGGGAAAGCACUUUCAUGUGAUGUGUUGUAUGAUGCUGGUCGUUGGGCUGUGGUGCCUGCCUCCUCUACAUAAAAAAUACAUAUAUAUAUUCUAUGUUGUUGUAAAUAAAAGCCCUUAACUAUUAGUAUUAUUAA